AGCCUGUAUAAAGGCAUGCUUGCGGUACCAUACGUUUCUUUCAAAGCUGCACAUGUGAUUUCUGUGUGGUGCAUAGUGCAGACCGCAGGUGGGGUUCGUGACAUUAUCUUGUGCAAGUUUGUCGUUACGGGUUCCCUAAAGAAACAGCAGAAGGUGACGCUGCCAGCCCCCAGCGUCACACAGUGCUGUGCCACGAUGAACUGGACGUCUCUGGAAGGUCUGCUCAACGGGGUCAACAAGUAUUCCACAGUGUUCGGCCGCGUGUGGCUCUCGAUGGUCUUCGUCUUCCGAGUGCUGGUGUUCGUGGUGGCAGCACAGAAGGUGUGGGGCGAUGAAUCCAAGGACUUUGUCUGCAACACCCAGCAGCCUGGCUGCACCAAUGUCUGCUAUGACAGCAUCUUCCCCAUCUCUCAUGUGCGCCUCUGGGCCCUGCAGCUCAUCUUCGUCACCUGCCCCUCCUUCCUGGUGGUGGCUCACGUCAAGUACCGCGAGAUCAAGGAUCUGAAGCACGCCAAGGUCCACAAGGGCUCCCAUCUCUACGCCAACCCCGGGAAGAAGCGCGGCGGGCUCUGGUGGACCUACUUCUUCAGCCUGGUCUUCAAGGCCAGCUUUGACGCAGCCUUCCUCUACAUCCUCUUCUACAUCUACCACGGCUACGACAUGCCCCGGCUCUCCAAGUGUGAACUGGACUCUGGGCUAAGGUUAGACCUGGAUAAUGAGGAAGCCGCAGUGGCACAGCAGAGAGCAGGCAGGCAGAGAAACGUGAAACCUGAGAGCAAGGGGACUGUGUGA